AUGAGAGAAAGAGGUGAACAUUUAGAUUGUAUUGGCAUGGUAAAAUAUGUUGUUGCACUUGCAACAGCCUUGGCCAACACUAAAGGAGUUCAUCGUGUGGAUCUCUUUACAAGGUAAAUUGCCUCACCAGAAGUAGACUCUAGCAAUGGCGAACCCACUGAGACGUUGUCUUGCCCCGUCGACGGUAGUGGCAGUUGCGGAGCCUAUAUCAUCUGCAUCCCCUAUGGUGCUCGCGAUAAGUAUAUAGCAAAAGAGUCACUUUGGCAACACAUACUUGAAUUUGUUGAUGGUGCAAUAAACCACAUUGUUAACAUGGCAAGGGCUUUAGGUGAACAAGUGAAUGGAGGAAAGCCAACAUGUCCCUAUGUGAUCCAUGGCCACUACGCUGAUGCAGGAGAAGAGGUGGCAGCUCACGUCUCUGGCGCCUUGAACGUGCCAAUGGUGCACGGGCACUCAUUGGGGCGGAACAAGUUCGAACAAUUGCUUAAGAAAGGGAGGCUGCCUAAGGACAUAAAUGCAACAUACAAGAUAAUGAGGAGGAUUGAAGCUGAAGAGAUGGGGCUGGAUGCUGCUGAAAUGGUGGUGACUAGCACCAGACAAGGAUGGUGGUAUAAUGACCUCGAUCCGCACUUUGGUCAUAGUUCACGUGCUGAUCACUUUUGUUGCAUCAGGUUAUACCACCAAGGAUAUGUAACAACACAAGAUUCAUUGGAAGGUGAUGCUAAUCUCAAAUCAUUGCUUAGCUCUAAUAGAAAUAACAGAAGGCAUCUACCCUCCAAUAUGAUGUGUUUUAAUACCAUCUAUUUGUUUAAUAUGAUUUUCCCUUGCAGAUAAAAUCCUCACAAGCUAACUAUACUAGCAUUGUCUCGUCUUGACCACAAGAAAAAUGUCACCACAUUGCUCAAGGCUAUUGGGGAGUGCCAACCCCUCGAAAAGCCAGCCAACAUGACACUGAUACUGGGAAACAGAGAUGACAUUGAAGAGAUGUCUAAUAGCAGUUCAGUUGUUCUUACCACUGUUCUAAAGCUCAUCAACAAGUACGACUUGUACCAUCAGGUGGCUUAUCCGAAGCAUCAUAAGCAAUCCGAAGUUCUUGAAAUUUAUUGUUUGGCUGCGAAAACAAAGGGAGUUUUCAUCAAUCCAGCUCUUGUGGAACCGUUCGGUCUCACACUCAUCGAGGCAGCUGCCUAUGGUCUUCCUAUUGUUGCCACAAAGAACGGGGAACCUGUGGACAUUGUGAAGCUUAACAAUGGUCUCCUAAUUGACCCGCAUGAUCAGAAAGCCAUAGCAGAUGUCCUCCUAAAGCUGGUUGCUGACAAAAACAUGUGGUCUGAUUGUCUAAAAAAUGGACUCAAGAAUAUCCACCACUUUUCAUGGACAGAACACUGCCGUAACUACCUCUCACAUGUAGAACAGUGCAGGACCCGUCACCCCACCACACGUCUUGAGAUCAUGAAAGUUCCUGAAGAACCAUCCUUAUUGUUAUCAAGCCGCACUUCCCUACAGAAAGAACGUCGCCAAAGGCUGCAGAUGAGAGGAUUCCGAUGCAACCUUGUCUACACACGUGCAGCAUCAAGGUUAAACGUGGUACCACUAUUUGCAUCAAGAAAACAAGCUCUAAGGUAUCUAUCAAUUAGGUGGGGAAUUGAUCUUUCAAAAACUGUAGUGUUUGUGUGAGAUAGAGGAGACAGAGACUAUGAAAAUCUGCUGGCUGGCCUCCAAAAGACUGUAAUUGUAAGAGGCACCGUGGACUGUGGCAGUGAGAAGCUUCUUCAUGGUGAAGAGAGUUCUAAAAGAGAAGAUUCAGUUCCACAAGACAGCCCGAACAUUGCCCAUGUGGAGGGAAGUUAUGAAGCCCAGGAUAUCUCUGCAGCUCUGAAGGUUCUUGAGAUCAAGUGAUUAUGAUCUUUACUAUAUUUUCCUUUUAAGUGUUUAUAUUCUCAUCGUUAAUGCAAAAGCAAGGAUAUAAGAACCAUAUAUACAAGAAUAUACAUCUCAACUUGUGAGAUAUUUCAAUUGUACAA